GAACGCAAAUUUCCUGGACAUAGAGUCAUCCAUUUAGAUUUAAAAGGAGCUCCUCCUAAGAUGACCUAUUAUAAAAAGCUCUUUCCUUUCUUGCGUUCGCUUGGUGCUACAGGAGUACUCAUUGAGUAUGAAGAUAUGUUUCCGUAUAAGGAUAAUUUAAAAGUUUUAGCUCGUACUGACGCUUACACGGAAAGCGAAGUCAAUGCAAUUGUCCAACUUGCUGAAGAAUUUAAACUUCUUGUAAUUCCUUUAAUCCAAACUUUUGGCCAUCUAGAAUUUAUGUUAAAGCAUCAACAAUUUAAACAUUUACGUGCUCUCAGUACUUCCAAGAAGGCGCUAUGCCCUUGCCAAAAUUCUUCCUUACCAAUAUUGCUGGAUAUGGCAAAACAGGUCAUUGCCUUGCAUCCCAAUACCAAAUAUUUGCACAUUGGUGGUGACGAAAUCUACGACUUAAUGAAAUGUACCAAGUGUAAAGCAUUAGCUUAUAAAAAACAUGACAUGUAUUUAUUACAUAUGGUGCCGCUACUUACAGAAAUUAAAUCAUCUUGGCCUGAGUUAACUGUUCUGAUGUGGGAUGAUAUGUUGCGCUCAUGGUCUGUAGAUCAAAUGUUGACGCUACAAAAUUUAGCAACCCCCAUGGUUUGGGCUUAUGAAGAAAACUUGUCUAAAUACUUUCCUCAGACGAUGUGGAAAAACUACAAGCAGGUAUUUGGAUCAGUGUGGAUAGCGAGUGCUUUCAAAGGCGCAUUGAGAAAAGAUACGGAUAUCGUUCCACUCAAUAAGCAUAUUGAAAAUCAGUUACAGUGGUUAAAAAUUAUAUCCAACUUAGAUGGUAUGGAAAUUCCUGGCAUUGCUAUAACUGGUUGGUCAAGAUUCGAUCAUUUUUCUCCACUAUGUGAAUUACUACCAGCAGGUCUUCCAUCAUUAGCCUUGUGCUUGACAGCUUUGGAUCGAGGUAGUGUAAAUCCUGAGGUCAUACAUACUGUAUCUGUAGAUGCUUUGGGUUGUGCUGGUAAAAUUUAUGAUGACAGCUCUGGUACUUAUCAAGUCCAAAAAUGUGGAUUUCCUGGCAGUGAUGUAUUCCUCAUUGUUAGUCGCUUAGAUUUAUUACGUAACGAA